CCAAUCAAUCAGUCCGGCAACACCUCCACUUUGGACAAGGAUUGACUCUUAGUUAAAACGCAGAUGAAAUGGCCAGCGAUUUUCCGCCGUUGGCCAUCCGGAUUUGGAUGCACAAGCUGAAGAAGGGCGGUGGCCAGCCGGCUGCUAUCCUGGAGCGCUCCCUGCUGAACUUUAUGAGCGCUGAGGCGGCCAGUUUGUCGGUGGCGAAUGCCACGGAGCGGGGAAUCCUGCUUCCGAGGGCACUCGGUGGAAGAGCCAAGCGUCUGACCCUGACCUUCUGCCAAAAAGUCAGCAGCCUGCCCAGCUCCACAAGUGAUCCCUACUGUUUCGAGUGCCAUUUGCCAGGAGUAAUUCAGAAAUGCUCGUCCUGCGAACGCUCUUUCCACGAAGAUUGCCAACGCAAGGAUCCUGAAAAGCCCAACUAUUCGGUGCCUUCGGACAAGGGUCAGCCUUAUCGAUUCCCAGUCAACGAAUCAGACAAGGAGCCGGAAAACCAUCAGAUCGUUGAGGCGAGCCAGACGCCCACGCCAAAGCCCCUGCUCGAUUACAAUAGUAACAUCAAUCAGGAUUUACUAGCAACUCCGGAUUCUCUUAAGCAUGAGAGUCUCGAGUGGGACGACGAUGUCUUCUUCGUGAGCGAGCAGAAGGGCGCCCGCCAGCGACAGCAGGCCAGGAUCAAGGACGAACUGCAGACCAGUUUGGACAGCGAUGAGGGCAGCGAUCUGGGGCGAUGCACUCGCUGCCGGCUGCUCUCCCUUGCCGCCCUCCACAAUCCCCCGCAGCUGGAUAAACAGGAACUAGGCUGCCUUUUAAAAUACUCCUGGGAGAAGCAUCAUUCCUGGAUAACCAUGGAUGUGGCCAAGUACAUGGCCAAGCACUGGAACGAACGCGACAAAGCGCUGAUCAAGCGCAUUCUCUUCAAAUCUAAGAUAUUGGGGCUGGCCGACAUCGAGCGGAACAUCGAGGCGAAUAAGUAUACGUACUUAACGGAGUUCCUGAUGCAUCUGCUCGAUCUUCAGCACAAUAUUGCGGUGUUCUUUGGGCCCAAGAGCGAGGAGUACAAUGCCACCAAGUGGCUGGUGAGAGAUGUUACCCACGACAUCCGGGAAAUCCGACGGUGUCCCGACUGCUAUCGGUAUUCCAACGAGGCUAGUCUGUCGGAUCUCUGGUUCGCCAAACCAUGUCUCCAGAGGCACGAGUUGGUUUUCGCCAAACAAACAGGUUCGCCACCAUGGCCCGCAAAGGUUAUGAGCGUGUCCAAAAGGCAGCCUAUCAAAUACGAUGUACGUUUUUUCGGUGGCUCCCAUUCGCGGGCACUCAUAUCGGAACGUGACAUCACUCCUAUUGAGUCGGAUAUUCAGUCGCAAAUUAAACCCCGGAGCUCGAGAGCCCUGAGCGCAGCGUUGAGGGAACUGCAGUGCCACAUGAUGUUGUCCCACUAUUCCGCCUCGCUGUUCGGCUUUCAUGCUGAUCCCGCCACGGCGGAGAAUCUCAUACAAGUAGCCCUGUCGCAUUGCACGGAAUCAUCAGAAGCGCCGACGACGAGCAAGCGAGGAAGGCCGUCCACUCCGGCCAAUCCGGGCACUGCGAAGAAGCGAAGGCUUAAUCCCAACACUCCGGAUGCCCCUUCUCCGGUACCAACUCGAGCAACGAUUCCUGACUCCGUUACCUAUGAUAAACUAACCGCCGAAAUACUGCGGGCGCACGAGGAUCUACUGAAGUGCCAGAGAAAGCUGACCGCCAUGCAACAGAAGCUGGAUGAAGUCAAGCGAAAGCAGUGGUGCUACCUCUGCCUGGAGGAGGCCGUCUUCGACUGCUGCUUCACUGCGUCCUACUGCAGCGGAGAGUGCCAGCGACGCGACAAAAGACGCCACCAGGCCAUUUGUAAAGUCAAUCACUAAAUUAAGUCGCAUGUUGAAUAUAAAUUCAAGAUAUUUAUUAGUGUCGUUUGGUGAAACUGGGUUAUUUGCAAUCCAACGUGAUAAAUUCUCGUUUCCCACAAUCCUAUGUAUCGGUUCUUAUGAUAUUGAAAGGUAUUCCAAGAAUUUCUGUAAAAGUAAUAAAUGUAUAAAUCGA